GUCUCUCUGUCUCAUUUGCUCGUUUACCACCUGCGUCCCCUUUUUAUUUCACAAUCUGUCUCUCUCGCUCUUUCGCUCUCUCUUCCUAUCUUUCUCCAAUCAGAGGUCCUUCCUUUCAUUUGCUGAUCUUCAGUACUACGUACUUUCACUUGCUAAUUGGGUAUGUUGUGAAGUCGUCCAUGGUAUUUUCAUCGGAAAAUAAAUAUGUUCCUUUUCCGACUUCUUCUUGCUUCAACCGUCAUGACCGUCUGCUUUACAACGUUCGCUUCCGGAGCCCUUGAACUGCCGGAUGAUGAAGUGCAAGCUUUGGGUGUCAUAUUCAAUACGUUGGGGAAGAAGGUCUGGAACUUCUCUAAUCCAUGUAAUGGUACUGUACCACCAUCGGCCAUAAAAGAGGAUACUGCUGCUGUUAACUGCAGCAACUGCGUCGUGAAUGGCAUUAACGAGUCAUACCGCGUUGUGGGCAUAAUUCUCAAGGGACAGAAUCUACCAGGCACUCUUCCUCCAGAUUUGGGGAAGUUACCUUGCCUGCAAGUACUUGACCUUUCUCGCAACUAUCUUAACGGUUCAAUCCCUUCAGCAUGGGGCUCCGUGAAGCAGCUCGUCGAUAUUUCCCUCUUUGGAAACCGAGUAACGGGUUCUAUCCCCAGAGCUUUUGCAAACAUCAAAACUCUCAGACACUUGACGGUCGCGUUCAAUCAACUUUCUGGAAAUCUUCCUCCAGAGCUUGGGAAUAUGUCCUCCAUAGAAACACUUAAACUCAGCUCGAAUAGUUUUACUGGGGAGCUACCUCCUUCAUUUGCAAACUUGACCUCAUUGACAGAUUUUCGAAUCAGCGACAAUCAAUUUUCUGGACAGAUUCCCAAUUAUAUUCAAAACUGGAAAAAUCUUACUACACUAUACAUUCUGGCAAGUGGUUUGAGGGGACCAAUUCCUAGCCUUGAUCUUUUGAGAAACUUAACUGACUUAAGAAUCAGUGACUUGAAUGGAUCUGACGUAACUUUUCCACUGAGAAACAUUAGCGUACCACAAUGGCAAACACUGAUAUUGAGAAAUUGUAAUCUUACUGGACCGCUACCCGAUCAAAUAUUCUUACCUCCCGGCGGGAGAACGGAAUUUACAAUCUUAGAUCUCAGCUUCAACAGUCUACGUGGAGAAAUCCCAAGCAGCUUUAAAGGUCUAAAUACUGUAGACAACAUAUACUUAACCGGCAACUUGUUUACUGGACCAAUACCUGAUUGGAUACUGAAUUCAACAAAAAAGAUCGAUCUUUCAUUCAACAAUUUUACAAAUGAAAAAUCGAACAUAUCAUCAUCAAGUUGUCAAAAUGAUGGGGAUCGCCACAUCAACUUGUUCAAGAGCUCUUCGAUGGGCAAUGAAACCAUUCUUUCGUGUACGAGGACUAGCUUACCGCGUUGUUCACAAAGUAAGUUGAAAUGUCAUAUACUUCCUCUAAAUUCUCGUGGCCUGUUACAAUUGGGGUCCACGCGGCUUCAUAUAAAUUGUGGUGGUAAAGAAUUAGUAGAUGUUAAUGAAGGUACUGUAUAUGAUGCUGAUACAGAUCAAGGGGGACCUUCAAAUUUCUUCCUUACAAAAGAUUGGUCGUUUAGCAGCACUGGUCACUUCAUGAGCCCUAUUAAAAAAGCUUACAUUUUGCCAAAUUCGACCGAACUAAUCUCUACGGACACGACCGAUCCAAGACUGUACAUGACAGCACGCUUUUCUCCUCUCUCUCUUACUUAUUAUGCCUUUUGUUUGGUAAGUGGGAAUUACAGAGUAAGGCUCCAUUUUGCGGAGACAGUAUUCACUGAUGAUGAAACGUACAGAAGCUUAGGAAGACGUAUAUUUGAUGUUUACAUUCAGGGAGAGCGAGUGCUGAAGGAUUUCGAUAUUGUAAAAGCGGCAGGUGGGGUUCGUAAGCCAUAUACACAAAGUUUUAAUGCUAAAGUGACUAAUAGUACCCUGGAGAUCCGUUUCUACUGGGCUGGGAAGGGGACAACUGAUAUCCCGUCCCCAGGAGAUUAUGGUCCUCUUAUUUCUGCCAUUUCUGUGGAUACCGACGCUUCAGGCCGUAUAUCUGUAGGAGCAGUGGUUGGAAUUCUCGUUGCCGGAGCUUUUGUUAUAAUAUUAUUUGUUGUGGCUAUCCUCUGGUGGAAAGGCUGUCUAGGACAGAGAUCAAGUGCUACAGAUCAUGAUUUAAGAGACCUAGACCUGAAAACUGGAACAUUCACCUUAAGGCAAAUCAAAACAGCCACAAACAACUUUGAUGAGGCGAAUAAAAUUGGGGAAGGUGGUUUUGGUUCUGUUUAUAAGGGCCUUCUGUCUGAUGGCACCAUGAUGGCAGUCAAACAACUUUCUUCCAAAUCAAAGCAAGGAAAUCGUGAGUUUUUGAAUGAGAUCGGCAUGAUUUCUGCUUUGCAGCACCCUCAUCUUGUAAAGCUCUAUGGAUGCUGUGUUGAAGGAAAUCAAUUGUUGCUGGUAUACGAAUACAUGGAAAAUAAUAGCCUUGCUCGUGCUUUGUUUGGGCCAGAAGAAUAUCAGUUGCAAUUGGAUUGGCCAACAAGACAUAGGAUUUGUGUUGGUAUAGCAAGAGGUUUGGCAUAUCUCCAUGAAGAAUCAAGGUUGAAGAUUGUCCAUAGAGACAUCAAGUCUACUAAUGUCUUGCUUGAUAAAAAUCUGAACCCUAAGAUAUCUGACUUUGGUAUGGCCAAGCUUGAUGAAGAGGAUAAUACCCACAUUAGCACCCGAAUUGCUGGAACUUAUGGUUAUAUGGCACCUGAGUAUGCGUUGCAUGGUUAUUUAACUGACAAAGUAGAUGUUUACAGUUUUGGAAUUGUUGCCUUGGAAAUUGUCAGUGGGAAGACCAACACGAGUCACCGGCCUAAGGGGGAAUCUCUCCUUCUUCUUGAUUGGGCACUUGUUUUGAAAGAGAAGGGAAAUUUGUUGGAUUUGGCUGAUCCAAGAUUAGGCUCAAACUACAACAACGAAGAGGUUAUGCGCAUGAUUAAUGUGGCUCUCCUAUGCGCUAAUGUUUCUGCAUCAGUUAGGCCUACCAUGUCCUCAGUGGUGAGCAUGCUUGAGGGCGGUGCUGUUAUUCCUGAGUUGGGUCCAAAUUUAAGUACCGUAGAUGAUGAAAUGAAAGUGAAGGCACUGUGGGAUCAUUUUCAAGAUAAGAAAGAAUCGAGUAGGGGAAAUAGCCAGACCCAAAGUGUAUUAACGGAUGACCAAUUCACUGGUACCUCAUCCACAUCCGGCGCCGUUGAUCAAUAUCCAAUCAAUAUGGAUUCUAGUUAUUUGGAGAAAAGAGUUUAGAUAAAUGAUCAAUACUACUCUUCAUUCUUAGGGUGUCAGUCUUUAAUCGCACUAAUUGUUGCGACAUAUUUUAAGUACUUGUUGCAUAUAUAGGUAAAUUAAGUACUUAAAUAAAAAAAAUCCCAUAAAGUAUGUGAUACUGAUUUGGGAUUAUAUUUGAACUGGGACAUAAUCUUUAUCAUGUUUUACAAUUUACAUUUCCUGAUUUUCAUGUUUAA